UACAGACAUUGCCCCGAGAAGGGGCUUUACCCUUCAGAGGGGCCUAGGACCCCACAAAGUUAAGCCCCCCUGCUCUUGCCCAUCUGCCUCCUUUUACGAAGCAGGAAACGCUGUGGGCACCUGAAGACCAGCUGUGCUCCUUCCCUUCCAGCAGGUUGUCCACUUGGGGCUAAGAUCUCCAGCCACGGUCUCUUUAACCAGGUCCUCUUGGAUAGACUGAGUUCACGCAGGAGAAGUUAUGUUUGGAAUGAGUCAGAAAACCCGGACUGCAGUCCUGUGAAGGACCCCCUUUCCUUUGGAUUGCUACAAUGAGUCUACGGAAGCAAACUCCCAGUGAUUUCCUAAAGCAGAUCAUAGGAAGACCAGUUGUAGUCAAGUUAAAUUCUGGAGUUGAUUACCGAGGUGUCCUGGCUUGCCUGGAUGGCUACAUGAAUAUAGCUCUGGAACAAACAGAAGAAUAUGUCAACGGACAACUAAAGAAUAAGUAUGGGGAUGCAUUUAUUCGAGGAAACAAUGUGUUAUAUAUAAGUACACAGAAGAGAAGAAUGUGAAGAUACCAGGAAAGGAAUAAUUUUUGUAUUUUCAUAUAUUUUUUAAAAAAUUUAAAAAAAUUUUUGUUCCUAUUUUUGUUAUGUAAAUUUUCCUGUUUUCGUUAUAGUUUAUGUACUGACUUGAGGGGAGGAAGUAGAGCUAUUUUAAACAUACAUAAACUAAUGAUUUCAGUUGUAUAUAGUUAUUUCACCUUUUAAGUUUUGGUAACUUUCUUAUAACUGUGUCAGUGAUAAUGAAUUAAAAAAAAACUAAAAGGUAACAGGUUGUUACCUGCUGCUGAAAAAAAAAAUUUUCUCCCAAUUUAAAAUUUCAAGUAAUGAAGUCUACUCUGAAGAAGGUUUUUUUAUUUCUCAUACCCUUGACUGAAAGUAAAACAGUUGGAUGGGAUGAUCUUUCCAAUCAGGCAAUUUCAAAAAGUGUUACCACUUGUUUUAUUGCUUCUCUUCUCUGCCAAGCUACAAGUCACACAAAUAUAUUAAUAGAAAUGCCCUAUUAAAAGAUGUCCAACUUGGGUCUGAAACUUUUUUAAAUGUCUGUAAAUUUUAAAAUGUAGGUGCUAAACAAAUCGCCUGGAAGUAGGGAUUGGGGGAGGGAGGAGAAAGUGAGAGAAGGGUGGAGGUAGGCCAGAAUUAAGUAGUUUGAAUCAAAUGUAAUGGUAGCAUUUCCAUAAAAAGAAUGUGAAGGAAAAGAACUGAGUAUGAAAAGUAGUAUGCAUAGUAACUCUGGGCCAAUUAAGUGAAAAAAAUUUUCAUUUGGUAAGUCUGUCAGCAGUUAUCCUGGUAUCUAUCCACUCCCUUCUUCCCUGAGACUAUUCUAGGUAGAUUUUUUAGAUAUCCUCGUUUCUUUUCCUCAAGCAAAAAUGACAUCAGUAUAAUCUGUUUUUACAAACACAGUAGGGGACAGGGCAUCCCUGUAUAUUUCUACAAUAAUACUUUUGAUUAAAGCAAAGCCUAGUAUUUUCUAAACUCCUUUAGGUUUGAAAUACUAAAUUAUGAUUUGGAAAUAAUCCUAUGUUAACCUUCUAACAUGUUUGGAAAGUAAUUUUAGGGAAGCCUUUGCAAUAGAAGUCUGAACUAAAUUUGAUCGUGGUUUUACCCAGUAGUCCUGCCUCAGACUUCUGCUUUCGUGUUGUUUGGCACAAGAUAGUGGUUUUAGGUAAUAUGUGUCCCACCAAGUGAGGUUUUACAAUUUAUUAAUGGGCUUCCCAAAACCCUGUUUUAUUCUCUGAAUGGUUUUAUGGUGGCUUUAGGAACAACAAAUACAUCUAGGCACUGUGGUUGAAUGAGCACAAGACUAUUGUGCACAUGUCAUAUUGGCCUUCCUCUUUCCUUCCCUUCCUUUGUCUCUACUCUAAUAUAAACAGGUUCUUGGUUCCAGGAACCAGUGGUAUAAUUUUAAACAGUUCUUUCCUUGCAAGUUGGUGGUGGUAGGGAGAAGCCAGUGGUGUGUGGGGUUUUUUUUUUGUUUUAUUUUGUUUUAGAUCAGGGAAUAAUUUGAAACAAUUAUUUUUUAAUUAAUAGCAGGGGAAAGGUGAAAAGAAACAUUUCAGAAGGCUUUGAUGAGUGCACACAGAAAAUAAAACACUUUAUACUAUG